UCCCACCAGCCCCCGGUGAUGAAAGCGCUAUAGUAAAAGGCUGAAGUCACUUCGUUUAGCUGUCAAGCAACAAGCAAGUCCAUUUGAAGCUGCAUCGCUGAGGUCAAAGCCUGCAUUUUGUCCUCUGUGCUUGUUUCUCAAUGGAAAGCUACGAGUUCCUGUAUGUUUACAGUUUGGUCCAAGAUUAUUUGAAACACGUUUGUUGGGAAGCACAGCCGGAUGCUGCCCCAAGCAAAGUUGCUCAGGUCUUACGAAAAGUUGCUUCUUCACUUCAAGAAGAAGUGGAAGAGAACAUAAGGCCUUUUUGGGGUUCAAUGACGAUCAGCUCUGUCAAUGAGGCCAGUGGAAUUUUCAGCCGAGUGAUGGAACAGGAGUUUGCAGAUGGAAACACCAACUGGGGACGGAUUUUGACAAUAUUUGUGUUUGGAGGAAUUCUCACCAAGAAGUUGCAACAACAUGGCGUUCCCUUGACAAGAGAAAAUACGGAGCAGAUUUCUCAUUUUAUCACUGACUAUAUCAUAAACACCAAAGCAACGUGGAUCAAUGAAAAUGGAGGAUGGGACAACGGCUUUGUUGCAAAGUUUGAGGAUAACAGCCCCUGGCUGUCCUUCCAUUACGUGAAGACAAAAAUCAUGGCUGCUUUCUCGUUUUUCAGUCAAUAUUACUGACAAACAUGGUUCUCUGGUGACCAGAAGUAGCAGCUUCCAGGAAGGAUCCCUGUUAUUAGAAAAGCGAGACUGCCUUAUUGAGCCAAAGGGAGUGCUUCUUCCUUUCCUUUCCAUUUCCAAUCUUAUUUAUAUGUUAUUUAUUUGUGUUUUUGUAUUUCUGUGUAUAAAACAUUGCAGCUGACACAACUAACAGUAAAUGAAGACUGGCAUCACACA